ACUCACUUGUCUCCCUACUUCGUAAAUCAUUCCUCUCCCAUUUCCGAUCUUGAAGAUUUUGGGCCCCCGCCUUGAGAGAUCAAGACAGCUGAGAUAGCCAUCAUGAUCAUCCCUUCAUACAUCACUUGGUUCGACGAUGAUGACUACAUCGGCUUAGAACUUGCUUUCCCGGCAGGGUCUACUUGGAAGCUUGAGAGAAAGAUCCAGGAGCAUGAAGACAUCUAUGGCCAGGCCGAUCAUGAAGAAGGCGGGAUUAUUUCUGAAGCUCGGGCGGCUUUUGUGGGCUCCAAGGUCACCGGAGAAGGCCCCCCAACAGCAGUAAUCAAGAUCCAUAUGCAGAUUCCAUGGUGGGGAAGUGCAGGCAAGAGAGCAUCGAUUCGAGCUCAACAGGCGGUUUCAGAGACACCAUCUAGAGGGGAGAUGGAAGUCGAGGCGCUUUCCAUACUAACUAAAGCGGGAUGCUCGAGCGCACCGUUUCUGAUUGACUGGAUGCAGGGAAAACAGACCGAAGAUCAAUGGAUACCUGGCGGUUACAUCCACUUUGUUGUGAUGGAGAUGGUUCCGGGUGUUGAUGUUUCCACGGUGUGGAAUCGCAUGGAGCGAGGUGAACGAGAUGAACUCAGAGCGGCCUUCAAAAAGUCGUGGCUGGAAUGUACUGCUUGCGGAGUAAUCAGUCGAGAUAGUCGAUUACAGAACCUGCUCUGGGACAGAGUAAGGAAGAAAUGUUAUCUGAUCGAUUGGGAGAUGUACCAUCCUGCACAUGAAAAAGACAGGACUUGGAGCGAUCGCAAUUAUAUCAGAUGGAAUUUAGCACGGAAAGGGGAAUCCGGCGACUACAACGAUAUGUCCACUUGGGUACUAUAAUUUAUGUCAUUAAAGCUCGCUUAUAUAUUCAGCUUGAUAUGAUUCAAGUGGCACAUCGAACACAAUCCACAGCUACACUAUGUCUCUUCUCCUCACUCCCACAUCCAUCCACCUUCGCCCCACACCCCCAUCCCAGCAGCCCAAGUUAUCCAAGCAUGCAACCGAAACCAAUCUCAGUUCGACUCGACGGGAUGGUGCUGCUCCGAGAAUUAUAUUACUUGUCGUUAUAUCUCUACCCUUCAGGUGACUGACAGGGGUGAAGUGUGCAGUGCCUAAUUCGUCAGUCACGAUAAAUCGAGCCCAGGACGACGGCUAAUGACAAUGCGACAAAUUAGAGGCUAAAGAGUGAAGCCGUGGUGGUUCCUGGAAUUGGUGGGUUGGAGACUGGAAACGGAAAAGCCGUGGAAAUGGAAUUCAUUUCGGACGACCUACGUUGCUGAUACUCCUAUAUUUCACUCCUCCGUAAUUAU